AUGGAGGCUCGCCAGAUUGCAGCUGAAGCUGCUGUCUUCGAUCAAACAAACCUCCUCCCCCGCAAGAAGCUCCUUGUCGUAUUUUCCGCACUCGCAUUAUCGCAUUUCAUAUGUUUUGUCGACCAGACUGGUAUCGGAGUUGCCCUGCCCACAAUUGGACGUGAUCUAAAUGCCGAAGACACGAUUAGUUGGGCCGGCACGAGUGCCCUGAUAGCGAACACUAUAUUCCAAGUGCUGUAUGGGAGGAUGAGUGACUUAUUUGGCAGGAAAUCUGUUCUUCUCUCAGCACUUGCCCUUCUAACAGUCUCCGACCUCCUCUGUGGUCUCUCGCGCGACGCAACGAUGCUGUACGUCUUCCGUGGUCUAUCAGGUGUGGCAAACGGCGGGAUAGCCUCGCUUUCUGCCAUGAUCGUCUCCGACAUCGUUACCUUGAAAGAGCGCGGGAAGUGGCAAGGCAUGAUAGGUGCAUGUGUAGGACUAGGAAACAUAUCUGGACCUUUUAUCGCUGCAGCGUUUGUACAAAAGAGUACGUGGAGAGGCUUCUUUUGGCUCGUCAGCCCCGUGUCAGCGGCUUGCGGCAUGCUCUGUCUUAUUGUUCUGCCUACACCCAAGGAACAACCAAGAGCGGAUAUGAAGCUAGUGUUGAAGAGGAUUGACUAUGGAGGCAUAUUCUUCGGAAGUGCAGGGUUGAUAUUGCUGUUGAUUCCUAUUGCGGGAGGAGGUGACUACUUCGAAUGGGAAUCACCAAUGGUUGUUGCCAUGUUAACGAUUGGAGGAUGUUGCGUGAUAACGUUCGUCUACAUUGAGCACCAUGUAGCUAUAUUGCCUAUGAUGCCAUUGUCUCUCUUCAGAUCCGGCCCCGUUUCCAUCAUGCUUCUCCAGAAUUUCCUCUUUGGCGUGGUGGCCUACUCGCAAACAUACUAUCUCCCCCUCUUCUUCCAGAACGCACGCCGCCUCUCUCCCCUCAUUUCGGCGUCCCUAAUGCUGCCACUCGCCGCCUCACAAAUGAUCUCAUCAAUUUUAUCCGGACAGUAUAUCUCGCGCUUCGAGCGCUACGGCGAAGUGAUCUGGCUGGGGUUCUUCCUCUGGACUUCAGGUGUAGGUUUGACAUGCAUGUUCAACCGCGACACACCCAUUUGGGCUAUAGUCAUCAUACUUUUUGUCCAAGGACUAGGAGUCGGUGCCGUCUUCCAGCCUGUACUUGUUGCACUGCAAGCACAUUGCACGAAAGCCCAACGCGCAGUCGUCAUCUCAAACCGCAACUUCAUACGCAGUCUCGGCGGUGCAGUCGGUCUUGCAAUUUCUGCUGCUGCACUGCAAAAUUCCCUGCACCGAGCUAUGCCGAAAGAAUUUCACUUCUUGGCACUUUCUUCGUAUGAUACGCCGGACUUUGCAUCACUAGAUCCGAAACAAAUAGUGCAGAUAUUGCAGGCGUAUGCGACGGCGAGCCGCACAGUGUUCAUAAUGAAUGUACCUUUCAUGGGACUGUGUUUAUUAGGUUGCUUUUUUAUCAAGGAUAAGGGAUUGCAAAGACCAGAUGAGGUUAUGGAAAAGGUGGAGGUGGUAGGAAGGCAGGAUAGUGGCAGCGAACUCGUUGAAACGAGUAAUGAUCAGCAACGGGUGAGUGAACAGGUCAUCCCGCUCCCACGGUGA